UCUCCCCAUUUUAGAGCUGUAGCUGCAGGCGUGAGGGUAGAAAGCAGCAGAGGGAGAAAAAGUUACAAUAAACAGAGAUUCAAGCAGAUUAAUUUAUUGUAGCAAAUCUGACAGCUCACUUAGAGGGAAUAAGUCUGCCUAGAUUGACACGUUAAUACGUAUAAUUAUGUCUGACAAACAGAGCAGCCGAGGGUCCCAGAGGAAACCAUCCACCAACAAGAACAUCAAGAAGCUCCGCACAGUUAGCAUGGUGUGCAGCCUGACGAGCAGCUGGCAGCAGUGGGUGACGGAGAAUGAGAAAAAGCAGGCAAGUGAACCUAGUGGCUGGGCCCCAUCCACACUGGGAGAAUCAACAGAGAUACCCAAAAAGACAUGGGUUCCCAAGAAACCUCCUGCCACUCAAACCCAACCAAAGGAAGUUUCUCAAAAUAAUGCAGCCAUUUCUGGAGAGGCUCAAAAGACAUCAGCUCCUCUCAAGAAGACAGAGGAGGUUAUGACCUCAGCCGAACCACCAGUUGCAUCUCCUAUCAAGACCAAGCAGGUGGUGAAGACGGUAACCAGCGGGGUCCAGGAGAAAAGCGCGGGCAUCGGGCUCCUGACCGAGAAGAUCAAGAGAGAGACUCUGCCAUCAGAUGAGGAGAUUGACAGGCUGCUGAAGAAGAAAAGCUCCCCCACACGCCGCAGGAAGUGCUCUAACAUGGUAUCAUCACUGACCAAAAGCUGGAAGCAGGUGGAGAAGGAGCAAAAGCUUGGAAAAGAGGGAGGAGGACCAUCAGAGGCCAGCACCAGUGGUGUAGAUAAAGAGGACAGUGGACACCCUGAAGCAGAGAAGGGGAGACUGGAUAUUGAGGAUGCUAAAACACACACAACAAACUUUGUAAAAGAAGCAGAGCAAAAAGGCGAUGGAGACGAGUCGGCCAUGAAGAUUAAAAGACCUCCAGUCCCAAAGUACAAAAAAGAAGCUGAAGAUGCCAACAAGAUCAAUGCUCUCUCCAAGAAAUAUAGUGCUGUGGGAAACCUCAAGAGCCGCUGGCAGAACUGGGCCUCAGAGCACACCGUCAACCAGAGACUGAACCCUUUCAGUGAGUACUUUGACUAUGAUUACUCCAUGUCUCUCCGCCUCCAAAAGGGCCAGGAUGGUUACGGACGCCCCAAAGAGGGUACUAAAACGGCAGAGAGAGCCAAACGCGCUGAGCAACACAUCCACCGUGAGAUCGCAGACAUGUGUUACGUGAUCAGGACUAUGGCUGACCCGGACCCCGACGGAAAGACCCGCAUCACGUUUGGACAGCUCUUCGAAAGAUACGUUCGGAUCUCCGAUAAGGUGGUGGGGAUUCUAAUGAGAGCAAGGAAGCAUGGGAAGGUGGCAUUCGAGGGGGAGAUGCUGUGGCAAGGCCAGGAUGAUGGAGUGAUCAUUACUCUGCUGGUGUGAUAUUAACACCUGGGUCAAAGUUGUACUGGAAAUCCUCUUGCAGCUAAUUGACUGGCACAAUGGAACUUGUGACAUAAUCCUAGUCAUUAUCAGACUGGCCUAAGAGGAGGAUUUAAAAUACAAUUUGGCCUGGGUCUAUUCAGUGGACACUUGCAGAACAAUAUCACAGGGGUACAGACACUACAAAGCUUGGGCAGAUGAGUCAAUGUGGAUUAUCCCAAAAAAAAUUUGCUGCUAUUUUUGUAGAUACUUGAAGACUCCUCCUGUCAGUGCUGUGGAUGUGUGAGUUGUAGCUGUCAUGCACAUGUUUUGAGAAAUCUGCAAAGACUUUGAAGUUCUAAUUCGCAAGCUCUGGAGAGCUGAAGUCCCUAGGUUUGGGCUAUUUAUGUUUCCAUUCAGAGCAGCUUGCAGAUUUCCAUACAUGUCUCUUUUGCACUUUCUUUACAGCUUAUGUUAAUAAGAUACUUAAGUAUGCGUUAAUGUACCAAAUAACCAGCAGCUUUGCAGUAUACUGUGGCGCAGUUAUUCAAACACGGAUUGGGUUGCCUGAAUUACUGCAGCUCAGCAUUCAUUACACUGUACCAGGCACAAUGCAGGGGAACAGAGCAGACCACAGCACUUUUAAAUCUCAUGGCCUGUUAGACUGAGGCUGUUAUAAUUAAUGUUAAGGAUGACUGUGACUGUCUUGGGGAAAAAGAAAAACUGUAAAAAACUGUUUUUUACAGUCAGUUACUGAAUUUUUGAAGAACUUAUUGGGGGUUGUAAAAUCACACAGAACACAACUAAUGUUAGAGUCACUGUUAGAGUUAAACAAAUUGGAGGCAAACUGAAGAUAUUUAUUCUCUGUUUCUCUCAGCAAAAGGCAUGUUGACACAUACUGUACAUUUUAACUAUUCACUAGCGCUAAUUAACUUGCAUUUAAGAUCUCAUCUAGUUGUAUAGCAUGAGCUAAGUCAAAGAUAAGUUACUGAAUUAAAUUCAAGUUGUUAGCUGUAGGCCUAGUAUGUUGCAUUCUGUGUUUUAUUAAGCUAUAUUUCAGUAUUCACUCAAAGGUAAAUAUACUGUAGAUACCAAUAUACAGUGUAGGUGUUUUGAUUUUUUCUGUGAGCACAACAUUUACAUAUCACAACCACAUACCACAACAAUUUCUCAUCUACACUUCCAGCAUAACUGUAUAACUGUAUAUACAGUUUUUUUUUUUUCACACAUGGCAACUGUAUUAUACAGGUGGUGGUACUAAUAACAUACUGUAAACUCCUGUGCAUUAUAAAGCAGUCUGAAACAGCCCUGCAUUAAAUAAUACAGUUUAUGAUGUUAGAUUAGUCAUUGUGUAUCAAAAAAAGCCACUACAAUUACUAUUUUUAAUGACUUCUAAAUAACUGUUUAAAAACAAUAUUUUAUUAGAAGUUUAAUAGAUGUACAGUAUUAUAAUUUACAGAAUUAAUAGAAACCAAUACCUUUGACUAAAUUUUACUGGUUCCUCACUGCUGGUGCUUAAACGCUGAAAAACAAAUUUGAUAAAUAUCACAAUUAAUUAUCCUUAUACUUGCUGCUUUAGUUUGUAUUUCUCUAAAAGGCACUCACAUCUCCUGAAAGCCUGAUAUUAUAUAUUAUAUUUAUACAUUAAAUUUGAAAAUGACCUGUGGUUAAAUAGACACAGUCAUUUAUAUUUCUUGCACCAUUUUUGUUCCAGGAUCAUAGUUUGAAAGGGACAAUAUUGUUGUAUUUUUCUGACUGUUGCCACAGACUGAAAAAGAAUUUCUGAAAUAAUAAUAAACACAACAUAUUAACUAUGAAGGGAUUCCCCCAUCAAGAACUGGUUUCCAGGAAGAGUCCUUACAAAAACAUUUCUGAGUCAAGUCCAUGGAGAUGUGGAAUGUGUAUACCAUCUAAAAAAAUCACAAGAGGUGGAAUUGCCAGUCGCUCAUCAUUUUACAAGAAGUCAAGUAAGUUAAAGUACAAAGGUAGUACAACAUGUCUAACUUGUAAUUACACUCGAUGCUGAGCAAAUGAAUCAGUCACACAAGAAUUAAUGAUGCAUUUGCUUCUUAUUGUGGACAGAUGAAUUGCAUCUGUGGAGUGAGACACCUGUGGGGACUCAACUAAGCCAAUGGCAACAGUCAGAGGCUGCAUAUUUAGCAUAUUUAGCAUUUUUUUCAUUUGCCAUCAGUGCUAACAUGACAUCCCAUCAUGUUUGUUUGUUUUAUGGGAUAAUUAAGUAGCUUGGUUUUACCUAAAA